GAAGGUAAACUAUGACGAAGCUCAUAUUAUAUGGGUUAAUAACGAUAGCCUCUACUCUCGGCGUUAUCAGCUCAGCCUUUAGGAGUUACUCUAAUUUCUACGCUGUCGCCGUAUAUCUCAGUAACAGCAAUGGUGCAUCACUCAUACUCGGUAACUUUGCACUUUUCAGUGGUCUCUGUAUCGGCAAAAUAAUCCAGAAACUCUUGUUCGGGGAACUGAGAACCUUGGAAACAGAGCACCUUUACGAGAGAAGCUGGUAUGGCUUCACUGAGAUGAUCCUCGCUAUGACAAUGUUCCGUGACGAGUUUGAUCUUUUCUAUGGCUUAAUGUUUGGUUUCUUGUUCUUUGUUAAGGUUUUCCAUUGGCUUUCACACGAUAGGAUGGAAUACAUGGUACAAUACCAGAAUGCAUCCAACUCAAUUGCCGUCAGGCUUGCUAUAGCCUACGCUGGCUUACUAGUUACCGAUUUCGUUCUUUUAUCAAUCUGCGUACUUGAUAUCUACCUUAAUGGCGUCACUAUGAUUAUCCUCUUCGCAUCCGAGUAUGCUAUUUUACUCGCUGAUGCUCUUACGGGUUCGAUUAGGCUCGCUAUCAACCUCAAAGACCUUCGUUCUGGGCAAGCAUGGGAAGACAAAUCACUCUACAUUCUCUACGUCGAUAUCUUUGCUGAUUUUUUGAAGUUAACCAUCUACACUGUGUUCUUCUCUGUCAUGGCCUUAUCGUUUGGUCUACCAUUAAAUCUAAUUAGGGAUCUUGUCCUCACUACACGCUCGUUCGCAACACGUAUAAAGGAUCUUCAGCGGUAUAAAAGUGCAAGCAAGAAUAUGGACAGACUUUACAAAGCUGCUACUGUCGAAGAAUUGGAUGCUUUAUCAGAUAAGCUCUGUAUUAUAUGUCGUGAUGAUCUCAUCCAUGAAUCACUACACCAAGGACCAUGGCCAAGUGGAUUGGAUGAGACACCAAAGAAACUUCCGUGUUCUCAUAUAUUCCACAGGCAUUGCCUUAAGAGCUGGCUCGAGCGUCAGCAAACUUGUCCAACUUGUCGCACAUCUGUUGUUCCAAAUGCUCAGAACGAGAGAUCGGAUCGCCCUAACAAUGGAAAUGAAAACGAACGACCUAGAACUGAACCUAGACGUGAGGUGCAGCCAGAACCUGCCACUCGUACACAGCCUCAACCGGCUAAUACUAAUGAAAAUGCCCAACAAAGCAAUGCUAACAACUCAGAACAAUCAUCUACCAACACUGGGUCCAGGAGUACGUCAAAUCAAACUUCACAGCCAUCACCAAGGCCGUCAAGUUCAACCAAUCCGUUCAAUACAAUUCAAACUCAUCCGAUGUCUCAUAUUUUGAACAUACCUAAUGUAACACUCCCUAUUAUUAGACCGGAAAGCAGGGCGCUGCCAUCGACAUACUGGCGUGAUGUAUACAGGAACGCACAUCCAACGACUAAAACAGAUAUACCAUCGAUAGUGACGAAUGACGGAUCAACUGAGUCAUUAAUAGCAGAGAAUGUACCAUUACCACCUUCUCCUUCAACAUCAGAACAGGAAACAGACAGAGAUAUCGAUAGAAAAUUGACAUCAUUACUUGAAGCCCAAUCAAAUAUAAAUAAAGCAAUAGGAGAGCUAGUUGGCAUGGUAAAAGACUCAAAUAAGCGCGAGAGGAGAUCAUCAGAUGUCGGUGAAGCUGAUAACACAAGCUCAGAUGCUGAGACGAAACGUGCGCGAAUAAAUUGAUUGGUUUAUAAAACCAUUUUUUGAAAAUCUAUGUUGUAUUAUUUGACAUUCUUUU